AUGUCGGCUCCUACAUCUUCCUCUCAAACCUCCUGUAAGGUGAUGCUCUCAAAGCAUGUUGCCAAUGUUCUGCUCCAGGAGGUCCAGGAGGGUCUGAAGACCCUCGAGAAGCCGCCGCAUUUGGUCGGCUUCCUCGCAAACAAUGACCCCGCUGCGCUGAUGUAUGCGCAGUGGACGCAGAAGACUUGUGAAGAACAUGGCUUCAAGUACUCCCUUCGUGAAGUUUCCCGCGAUGAUAUCGAGGAGGCGAUCAUCGCCGCCAACGCCGAUGCUGACGUCGACGGCAUCAUCGUCUACUACCCGAUCUUCAACAACCGCCAAGACCAGUACCUGCAGCAGAUAGUCGAUGUCGGAAAGGACGUCGAGGGUCUCAGUCACCGCUAUAUCUUCAACAUGUAUCAAAAUGUUCGUUUCCUGGACCCCGAGACCAAGCGCCAAAAGAGCAUUUUGCCCUGCACUCCGCUCGCCAACAUUAAGAUUCUCGAGUACCUGAACAUCUACAACACCAUCUUGCCCUAUGGUAACCGGCUACACGGUCACACCAUUUGUGUUGUGAACCGCUCAGAAGUCGUUGGUCGUCCUCUGGCCGCACUCUUGGCAAAUGAUGGCGCUUGCGUCUACAGCGUUGACAUCACUGGCGUUCAAAAGUUCACCCGAGGUGAGGGUCUGAAGAACCGCCGUCACGAGGUUGUUGAUAUGGAGGGUGCUACUCUCAAGGACGUCGCACCUCUGUGUGAUGUUGUUAUCUCGGGUGUACCUGGUGACAAGUACAAGUUCGACACCAGCCUCCUCCGCGAAGGAGCCGUUUGCAUCAACUUUAGCAGCGAAAGGAACUUCGGCCCCGAGGUCAAGGAGAAGGCUUCCAUCUUCGUGCCUUCCAUUGGCAAGGUGACUAUUGUGGUCUUGCUGCGAAACCUGCUGAGACUUGUCCAGAACCGCCGAUUGGACAAUGUCCAACCUGCUGCUGCAACCGAGCGACCGGGUACUCUGGAAGCCAAUUCCUGA